CCCACUGACUGAGGGAGGUAUAGAUGAACGCUGUCACCUCCCUCCAUUGAGCUGUCAGUUGACAGCGCAACACCGAGCCGGAAGCAUCGUAGGAAAUAACACAGAUUUGAUCAACCGUAGAUUUUAGAUUUCUCCUUUUUGGCACUAGAAUAACGGUUGGGACACAAGCAUAUUUCGGGCAGACCAACGAAAGCGUAAGAGGAAGAUAAUCUAAAGGACUGACUAGCUUGCUAGUUUAGCUGGAUAGUUGGUAGUUAGCAAGCUAUCGUUAGCUUUGGCCAGUGCUGCCACUGCUCUGCGCUGCAAAAGCUAGCUAAAGUCGGAGUGUGCAGUAGGCAGGUGAGCUCCGUUGGACUCUAAAAGCUAAGGCAAAUUGGAGUAUCUAGCUAAUACAGAAAAGACUACCGUUUUUUUUUGAUUGCUCGCUAGCUAAAUGCAGAGUGUAGGUGAUCAUUGAGAGGCUACUCUCCCAGCUCCAUAACGAACUGUCACUGACUGAGUGAUAUCCAGCCAAUUUCCACUAAAGAUGGCUACGGCGAGCAGCAUUGCCGCAUCUAUUGCGAGCAAGACGAAGACGAAGAAGAAACACUUCGUGGCUCAAAAAGUGAAGCUUUUCCGAGCCAGCGACCCUCUGCUCAGCGUCCUCAUGUGGGGAGUCAACCAUUCGAUCAAUGAGUUGAGCCAUGUUCAGAUCCCUAUCAUGUUGAUGCCUGAUGACUUCAAGGCCUACUCCAAGAUUAAGGUGGACAAUCACCUCUUCAACAAGGAGAACAUGCCGAGCCAUUUCAAGUUUAAGGAGUACUGUCCUUUGGUGUUCCGCAACCUCAGAGAGAGGUUUGGCAUCGACGACCAGGAUUUCCAGAACUCCCUGACCCGUGCGGCUCCGUUGAACAGUGAUGCCCAGGGUCGGAGUGGUGCUCGCUUCCACACCACCAACGACAAACGCUACGUCAUCAAAACCAUCACCAGCGAGGAUGUGGCCGAGAUGCACAACAUUUUCAAGAAGUACCACCAGUUCAUAGUAGAGUGUCAUGGCAACACGCUGCUGCCUCAGUUCCUGGGGAUGUACCGCCUCACGGUGGAUGGAGACGAGACCUACAUGAUCGUCACCAGGAACAUCUUCUCCCACCACCUCUCCGUCUACAAAAAAUAUGAUCUGAAGGGCUCCACUGUGGCCAGGGAGGCCAGCGACAAGGAGAAGCAGCCACGCCCUCCUGAGGAUGCGCCCCCGCGGCCCAAAUCUAACGUUCAGCAAAGGCUGCAAACACUGCGGAUCGCCACGCGCUUUUACUGCGCCAUGAAACACGUAAGAGACGCCAAGGAGCUGCCCACCUACAAGGACAACGACUUCAUCAACGAUGGACAGAAGAUACACAUCGACGACGACAACAAGAAAAUGUUCCUGGAGAAACUACGUAAAGACGUGGAGUUCCUGGCCCAGUUGAAGCUGAUGGACUACAGUCUGCUGGUGGGGAUCCAUGACGUGGAGCGGGCUGAGCAGGAGGAGGUGGAGAGUGAGGACAACGAGGGGGACGAUGAAGGGGAGAGUGAUGGAGGAAUAGGCUCUCCCCCUGACUCCCCCAGUAACACCCUGGACAGCACCAAGCCCCUGUCCCCCGGGGAGUUUGACCCCACCAUAGACGUCUACGCCAUCAAGAGCAAUGACGGUGCUCCUAGGAAGGAGGUGUACUUCAUGGCGGUCAUUGACAUUCUGCAGCAUUACGAUGCCAAGAAGAAGGCCGCUCACGCUGCCAAGACCGUCAAACACGGAGCAGGAGCUGAGAUCUCCACGGUGAACCCAGAGCAGUACUCCAAGAGGUUCUACGACUUCAUCACCACCAUUCUCUCAUAGCCUCCGGGAGUAGACGGGGGGGUUGAGAGUGGAGGUGGUUUUGAUCUCUCUCUCCAUAUCUCCGUCAGCAGGGGUGUCCCUCUGCACCUAAAACCAUAAUUUGUUUACAUUCAUCUUCUCUGUUGAUUUGAUCUCUGUUACAUUGGACCAUAAGGUGUGAUUGGAGAACAGGUGUGUCUUCUCUGUUGACUUGAUCUCUGUUACAUUGGACCAUAAGGUGUGAUUGGAGAACAGGUGUAUCUUCUCUGUUGAUUUGAUCUCUGUUACAUUGGACCAUAAGGUGUGAUUGGAAAACAGGUGUGUCUUCUCUGUUGACUUGAUCUCUGUUACAUUGGACCAUAAGGUGUGAUUGGAGAACAGGUGUUCUAGGUUCUAGUCAGUACUUUUGUAUUUGUUUGUUUUGUUUACUUUAGGAAUAUGGCUUUUUUUUACCACCAGGUCCUCACCCUGCAUUGUUGUUUGUUUGUUGUUCUGCAUUCCCCUUUGGGAGGGGGUGGGGGAUUGGAUAACAAUAGUGAGGUCACUCUCGGAGUAAAUAGUACAGGUAGAAGUAAACAGGAAGUGCACCUUGAGGCUCAUCCAAUCGCUCGUCUUAAGGAAGUAGGAAGUAUUCUUCCAAUAGGCCAUCAGCCAGACCAUCCAAUUGCCAUUUAGCACAGCCCUGCCCAAGCCAAAACUACCUUCCUAUUUGUCCCCUCAUCCAUCACUCCCUCCAUAUACAAGAGAAGUUAGGAUAAGCUGUGUUUAGUAAGGCAGGGGGCUGGUCAGUAGUGCAGUGUGUGUUAGUGGAAGUAGUGAGCGCGCUGGCUGAGUACACGUUAAGAUGAGUGAGGAUGAAGAGAGGAGAAUAGCAGGGUACCUAGAAUUACAUAAGGAAGGACGGCCAGAGAGGAUGCAAGAAACUGCACGAGCGCUGACUGUUCCAACAGUUUCAUUCAGUUCCAUUUAUUGGGCAGAGUUCCAUUGGGCUUUAGAGAUUCACCACAUCGCUGACUGAUCGGAUUUAUGUCAUUCUGGCAGGGUACCAGGAAGUGGCAUUAGCAAGUUGGUGUAUCUGACUUCCUGUGGGACAAGGCAGGGCGGUGGUGUGAUACUUCAUAGACCUUUGACCCUGAAUUGCCAUCAGCACCUUAAACAAAUUGUUGCACUUUUAUGUUAGAGAUAGGAUAUCUCGUUCUGUUACAUGCACCACAUCAAAAGCACUGUUUGGAGCUAUCGAACUCAGUCCCAAGAUUUCUGAUAGGGUUGUAGGAGGGACUAGGGAAAGUGUCUAUACCGGUAGCGGCUAGGGUGUAGUAGGGAUUAGAAGUAGGUUUGGGACGGGGCCUGAGUGUAGUGCACAGCAGAGAGAGAGGGGUACGUUCAGGACAGAUGGACAGACAGCCUAGUGUUUACCUCUGGCAUCGUACCAGCACACACCAGCCUGAACCAGAGUCUUACCCACAUCUCUGUCUGUCUCAGGGGUCUCCAACCCCGGCCCUGGAGAGGUACUGGGUAUGCAGGCUUUUACUCCUGCCCAGCACUAACACACCUGAUUCAGCUUAUUGUGGUCCAGACUGAAGACUUUGAUUAGUUGGUUAUUUGAAUCAGGUGUGUUACAGCAGGGCUGGAACAAAAGCCUUCACGACUAGUAGUGUUCCAGGACGGAGAUGGAAAACCCUGAGACAGUCAAAUAUCUGUAUAUAAGGUUCAGGCCUGAAUCAGCUGUGUGUGUCUCUCUCUCUCUCUAUAUAUAUAUAUAUAUAUAUAUAUAGAGAGAGAGAGGUGACGUCAUGCCAACCUGUCAGCCUCUCCUUUUAACAUUGUUGUCUGCCUGUUAAUACAUUUUUAUAUUUUGCACAGAAACUAAAACGAACCAAAUGUAAUCCAUACAAUCGCGACUGGUUGACGUGGUCUUAACAAGGGAAACGACUGGUUGGCGUGGUCUUAACAAGGGAAACGACUGGUUGGCGUGGUCUUAACAAGGGAAACGACUGGUUGACGUGGUCUUAACAAGGGAAACGACUGGUUGGCGUGGUCUUAACAAGGGAAACGACUGGUUGGCGUGGUCUUAACAAGGGAAACGACUGGUUGGCGUGGUCUUAACAAGGGAAACGACUGGUUGGCGUGGUCUUAACAAGGGAAACGACUGGUUGGCGUGGUCUUAACAAGGGAAACGACUGGUUGGCGUGGUCUUAACAAGGGAAACGCAAUAUCAUUAUGCCUGUUCCAGAGCCAGAUACAGUGGAGGAAAAAAGUAUUUAGUCAGCCACCAAAAAGAUGAGAGAGGCCUGUAAUU